UGCCCCUUUUCAUGGCGCUUUGUCUCGUUGCUCGUUUUGUUUCGCGUCGCCUAUUUUUAUACGACAAGCCUUUGAGGCUUUUAGCAACUAGCUCAGAAGGAAGGAACUUAACGGAAACUAAAGAUUCACAGUUUGGAAAACAACAAAAAUCAGAAGGAGCUUCCGAACCUAGCGAAGUAGAGAACGUGGGGGAGUCUACUUCUGUUGAACAGAAGCUGCCACCUCUGGACCUCACAAACUUAGUAAAAGGUCGACAUCCGAAGGAUACAGCGGUCUAUAAGGAAUUCCAAAGAAGAUUUGAAGAAUUCGAAGCCUCAUUCAAAACCGAACAUCGCCCAGUGAACUUUGAAGAACUGAGAAGGAAAGUGCGUUUUCUUCCAUACCUUGUGGAUGAGUUGCAGACAUUGUAUGAAAAUUUUGAACCGCCACCUUUGGAUAACUUAGUAAAGGAGCUUGUGCGAGAAGUUGAUGACUACUAUCAAAAGCUCAUACAAGAGUCGAUUGAGAUCGAUAAGAGAAUCGCGGUAAGGAAUCGGUUGAGGCGUGAGACAAAGCGUAAGAUUCAGUAUAUACAAGACAAUAUUGAGACCAUUACUGUGGAUGAAUAUUUGGAACUUUUCCCAAAGUUGAAGAAACAGAUCGAAGAGGAUAUAAAAGAACGUCGGUGGUUAAAAGGAAUUGAUUUGUGAACGUUAAGAUUUGUGGUCUUCUUUAUGUCGCUUCAGAUCAGAACAUAUAAAGAAUUUUCAACCGAUUUUUUCUGCAAUAAGUGAAACACUUUAUAAACUUUUGUCUACAAUA